AUGCUCGUCACACUUAAGCGGAACUAUCUGGAGCAAACACUUCAAGCAUCUCGGACAUAUUUUGCUGUAACACAAAACAGUCCGUUUGGGCUCGGAGUGUCCCUCAACGACAUGUGUAUGCUAAAACCAGAUCCACCUGCUCUUUCGAACACUUUGUUUGCCUGUAAGUAAUCAAACAUCGUUGAAAUGAUAUUCUGUACUGUGCUGAGAGAUAAACCGGCUCGAGUUAAACGUUUAUUUCUGGAGCUCGUCCUUCACUCGUUACCGUUAGCAUGUUUGAGUUAGCAUGACAACAAACUUGGAGCUUGAGUGUCAGUUUUUCUGCAGCACUUUAGGACUUGAUGUGGUGUAAACAUCGUUUAUGGAUCUCUUGUUAUGGCUUACUCAGUCCUGCAAACGUUGGGGGAUUGUAUUCUGUAGUUUAUAUAAGGUAAAGUAAUCAACUGUUCAGACCACGUAACACCUAUACAAAGGUUACAUCAGGAGAGAGUUUAAGAUGACCCCUUCAAUUCAGUUCACUUUAUUCUUCUGGUUUUUUUUAACGACAACUCAGAGAUAAGAUCCUUGAAAAGCAAGAAAAAACAAUUAUUCAUCAGGUUUCAGGAUGUCCGUGGAAAAGACUCAAAGGGUUACAAAUGAGAGUAUUUGGAGGCUGGUGUUUCGGUUAAAUUGGUAACCGUGUUAACUGACGACUUUGAGUCAAACGCGUCUGUGGUUGUCGUAGUUACAGGUCAUCAUGUCAACUUAACCUUACGCAAAAGUCCAUUAAAUCUAAAUUCAUUAUAGAUAGAUUAUUUUAACCUUGUUUUGUUUGAAAUUUAAUGAAUAUGAUUUUGUUAACUCGUGAAAAUCAGAAAUCCACAGUCUCAGAGUUUUUGAGUGUUUAUACUUAAAACCACAGGGAUGUUCAACUUCUGAAAAGCAUCUUUAUUCAGUGUGACAGCUACAUCUACUACAUCACUGAUUAUUUGGGCUGAUUAAGAACAUUUACGUAAUCACUGACUGAUGCAUCAGAAGAACACAUUGUGUCUGCAGACACUGCAGUUGGGAUGCAAUAAGAGAUGUUAGAAAUAGGGGUGGGGGAGAGUGGGGUAAGUUGAGCCACCCCCGGUUACUUGGAAACGGUAAAAGAAAUUGAUCAUGUGACCAAAUAUUUAGGAGAUGGGCAUCAAUUCAUGGAGUCUGUGAAGGUUAGAAGCACAUGGGUGAAGGGGUUAGACAUUUAUUUACAAAAAAAAAAAAAAACAUUUUUCCCUCUUGAAAGUGAAUUUAGUCUGUCAUAAGUUUGAUAAGAAUUGUGUUCAGACCAAAAAAGAUCAUUUUAAAUUUGUUUUAUACAUCAAUUGUGGUAUCUAUGAGCUACAACAUGAGGUCAAAAACCUAGAAUAAAAGUCCAACAUUUUAGCUUCGAGGACUAAUAAAGUCAUGAUAGUAGUUCAGGGAUAACUGAGAAAGUAAAUUAGUCUGAUGAGAGGAUCAGAGUUUCAGUUCAGAUUGUUGAAAUGUUUUUACUUUUUCUUUUCAAAAAUACAGAUCUGUGAAUGUUCUGAAUCACUUAAAGACAUUCUCAUGUUCAAAUGUUUUUUUUUACAAUACAGCUUUUUAGCAGUUUUAUGCAAUAAUAAUAAUGAGAAAUAUUGUACCUGUUGAAAAGUGUAUAAUAGAUAAAAAUACACAUGAAUGUGAAGAAGUGACUGUUAUUUAGGGAAAGAGAAGGUGAUGGAGGACUGGGGUGGACAGUGGGGGGGUUGGUAGGGAUAGGGCUCAACUUACCCCACCUCUAUGGUCAACUUACCCCAUACACAGGGUAAGUUGACCAUAGGAGACCUCUUUUUGUGGCAGGCUAUAUCAUCAAGACAGUUUUGUUUACACUCGUUCUUUGCAGGGAUGCAAAACAUCCUAAAAUAUAUGCAGAUACACUAAUUAGAGACAAAACUAGGAUUAACUUGAUGUAGUGAUCCGAAAUAUGAAAAAUGGCUCAUCUUAUCCCACUCUCCCCUAUACAGAAAAAAAACUCCUCCAUGCAGAUAUGACAUUGCAGAUUCUGGUGCAGUAGAUGGCAGCAUACACCUUAAAUAUUGGUUUAUAGUCUGCCAAUGAAACCAAAGAAGAAGAAGUGGGCACAAGGCUUUUGUGGACAUUAAGUGUUGUAAUAUAAACAAACGCUACUUGGAUGUUUCUCUUGGAUUUCUAUGUGCUGUGUCAGCUAAUGUAGGUCUAUAUGUGUGAGGUGAUGUUCGGGUCACCACAUGAACUGUUUUCAUUCUCAAUCUGUUCAAUUUCCAGGUUGUAGAAAAAGGAUUUCCUUGAGAUCCUUUUAG